GAAAUAUUUGAGAUUUAUAUAAAUUAAAAUAUAAAAAAUGAUUCUCACAUUAUCGUACAUUAUUACAUCAAUUUUAUUUUCGGGUGUAUUUUUGUUGACAAUCGUACACUUUUACGUCCAUCUAAGAACUCAAGGACGUCUUUGCAAUUUGAUCCCUGGACCUAAAUCAUAUCCAAUUAUCGGCAAUUUAUUGGACUUAGCAGGACAUCCGGAAGAUAUUUGGAAUUUUUUACACCGCACAUCGAUUAAGUAUUACCCUAUUUGGAAAAUUUGGGUCGGAAUAUGGCCAGUUGUCACAAUCUAUCACCCGGAUGAUGCUCAGAUUCUGCUAACUAGCACAAAACAUCUGGAUAAAAGUGUAGUUUAUGAUCUACUUCAUCCUUGGUUGCAAGAUGGAUUGCUCACUAGUAAAGGAGAAAAAUGGAGAAGCCGAAGAAAAAUAUUGACUCCUGCAUUUCACCUUCAUAAUCUUAGAGAGUAUAUGGAUUGCUUUACUAAUCAUACAAAUCAUUUGAUUAAGAAUCUCAAAGCAGAAUCGGGUUCAGAUGGAGUUAUUAAAGAACUAUUGCCGUUACUUACAACAUUUACUCUUAAUACAAUAGUUGAAUCAACCACGGGAGUUGUAAUUGAAGAAACUGACAUGGAACAGUACAAGCAAGCACUUUACGAAUUUGGAGAAACAUUUGUUUAUAGAAAUAUCAGACCAUGGUUGAGGGCGGAGUCCCUUUUUAAGUUAACAUCUAAAGGUCGAGAAUAUCAGAAAAAUUUGAAAGUUCUUCAUAGUUUUACUAAAAAAAUAAUUGAAAAACGAAAGCGAUAUCACGAAGAAACUGGUGGUAAAUAUUUAGAUAGCGCUAUGUCAACAAAUAAAAAAGAACUUCAACCUAUCCCAGGUAUACAAAAAACUUUCAUAAAUAUGAAAAUGAUUAAUCAUAAAAUAUGUUAUAUAGCCAAUCAGAAAAGACUUUCUUUUCUGAAUAUUUUACUCUCAGCUGCUGAACGGGAUGAAGGUGUCGAUGAUCGAGGAAUCCAAGAAGAAGUUGAUACGUUCAUCUUUGAGGGCCAUGAUACUACUGGAAUAGCAUUACUAUAUAUUAUCUUAUUACUGGCUGAACAUCGAGAUAUACAAAAUCGGGCAAGAGCAGAAAUUGAGGAAGUAUUAGCGGAUGAUAAUGGAGAAGUAAAUAUUAAUAAUAUCAAACACUUAACAUACUUGGAAUGUUGUAUUAAAGAAGCAUUAAGACUUUAUCCCUCAGUCGCAAUUAUAUCAAGGAAAAUUAAACAAGAUUUAGUGUUAAAGCACUGUUACGUGCCAAGAGGAACGAUUCUAAAUCUUCGAAUAUUUGACACUCACCGUGAUGCUAAUUUCUGGCCACGUCCGAAUGUUUUUGACCCAGAUAGAUUUUUGCCAGAAAACUCAGUAGACAGACACCCUUUUUCAUUUAUUCCAUUCAGUGCUGGUUCACGCAAUUGCAUUGGCCAAAAAUUUGCAAUGCUUGAAUUGAAGACAUUCAUAGCUGGUCUACUUUACAACUUUUAUUUGGAACCUCAAGAAACUACCGCGAAUGUACAUUUGAUUUUUGAACUUGUAAUAAGACCGUCUCAUCCAGUUUAUGUCAAAUUUGUCCCAAUAAAUAGAGAUAGUGGUUAA